AUGAUCCGGAAAAGAGAAGACGAAGCCAAGGAAGGGCUUCAACGUUGGAAAGUAGCCGGAAAACGAUCGGCGCAUGAACAAACCAUCACUGGUGACGAACAGGCUCAGGCCUGUGAAAUGGCCUGUUUAUCUUAUCAGGCUAGGCUCAGGCCUGAUAAUCAGCCUUUUAGGCCUAUUCCAGUCCAAACAGCGUACAGUGGAAGUUCCAGGCUUCUCUACUCUCUGGUCGGCGCUCGGCAACAGAAAAUAGCAAACGGCAGAACUCAGAAGCUAGUCGACGGCGGCGCACGGGCUGAUAGCGGCACAUUCAGCUCUCAGCCUCUCACUUACAUUCAGAAGUUGCAGUCCGAGUUAACAUUGGCAGAACAAUUAAUGUCAACUCCACUUGGAAGUGAAACAAUGUCAUCCAAUUCAGUUCCUCCUAAUACAAAUGCAAUUGAGGUCAAUCAACAAACACCAACAGAUUCUAGUCAACAAACUAAUGAUGAGAAUGAUGGUGGUGAUUGUAUCAUUCAGAAAAAGAGGCGAAAGACUUCAGGUAUUUGGGAGGAAAUGGAUCAAGUUGAAACUGAUAAUGGGCUCAAAGGUAGAUGCAAGUAUUGCAAACAACUAUUUGCAUACUCAGGCAAGGGAGCUAGCACUUCCCAUCUUUGGAGGCAUGUUGGAUCUUGCUUGCAAAGGAAGUUGCACACUUCUUCACAACAAAAGCAACCCACCAUUCCAUUCCAACCUUCUAAUCAGAGUGUUAAUCCAUUUAUAGCACCUGGUGCGAGAUAUUCUAAUGAAAAGAUGAGGGAAAUAAUGGCUACUGCAAUUAUGGUACACGAGCAUCCUUUUAACAUUGUUGAGGAUGAGGUCUGGAUGUGGGGCUUUCAGUAUGCAAAUUCUGAAUUUCAAAAAAUUUCUCGCAAAACGGCAAGAAGUGAUUGUUUGGCCAUAUAUGAGGCAGAAAAGAAACAAUUAAAAGCUCUAUUACAAGGUGUGAGCAAGAUUAGUUUGACCACUGAUAUGUGGAAAUCAGCUCACCAAGUAGCUGAAUACAUGGUUAUCACUGGUCAUUUCAUAGAUGCGGGGUGGAAUCUGCAAAAGAGGGUUUUGAGUUUUGUGAAAGUUCCUGCUCCUAGACGGGGAAUUGACGUGGCAGAUGCUAUUUUCAAGUGUUUGAAGGCUUGGGGGAUUGAAAACAAAGUAUUUUCUGUUUCAGUUGACAAUGCUUCUUAUAAUGAUUCUUGUUUGAGGGCUCUUAAAGAUACCCUAUCACUUAGUAGUUCAUUGCCUCUUGGUGGUAGUUUGUUUCAUGUUAGAUGUUGUGCACACAUACUAAAUUUGUUGGUGCAAGAUGGCCUUGGUAGAAUUAGGGACAUCAUACAUGAUGUCCGUGAGAGUGUGAAAUAUAUUAACUAUAGUGAUUCAAGGCUGAAAGCAUUUUAUGAUGUUGUUGAGCAGAAACGGUUGAAGGAAAAGAAGCUCAUCAUUGAUUGUCCAACAAGAUGGAAUUCUACAUAUAAGAUGUUGUCUACUGCUUUGAAGUUCAAGGUUGUCUUUCCUGCUUAUAAAGAAAGAGAGCCACAUUACAACUAUGCACCAUCAGAAGAGGAUUGGAAUAAGGUUGAGAAGAUUUGUAAACUUUUAGAAGUGUUCAAUCUAGCAACCCAUGUCAUCUCAGGUAGUGAGUAUCCUACUGCAAAUUUGUACCUUCCUGAAGUUUGGAGAGUGAAACAAGUAAUUGAUAAUGCCAUAGAAGAUGAUGAUUUCUUCAUUACAGACAUGGCAUCCUCAAUGAAAGAGAAGUUUGACAAAUAUUGGGGGGAAUGUAAUAUGUUAAUGGCUAUUGCAAGUGUUCUAGAUCCGAGGUGCAAAUUAUAUGUUGUUAAUUAUUGUUUCCCUCUAAUUUAUAAACCUGAUUAUGUGGCUUCAGAGAAUGUGGAUAAAGUGGUGAGUAGUAUGAAAACAAUGUAUGAUGAGUAUAUUAGCAUGCAUAAGGGAGAGACAACUAUGGGUAAUGAACUUGUUAAUGCUAGCAACAACUCUCCUGUCAAUGUUUCUGGUUCUUCCAUAGUUACUGGAUUCGACCAAAUCAUGAGUAUUGUUCGUGAAAAGCAAGCAAUUCCCCCAAUGAAAUCAGAAUUGGAAGCUUACCUUGAGGAGGGUGUUUACAUUCCUGAUGGUAGUUCUAACUCAUUCAGCGCCUUGGAGUGGUGGAAAAAUAAUAGUCUAAAGUAUAAGAUUUUGUCUAAGAUGGCAGCUGAUGUCUUAGCUAUUCCAAUUUCAACAGUGGCAUCAGAGUCCACAUUCAGUGCUGGUGGCAGAGUUAUUGAUGAAUAUCGUUCUAAAUUGAAUGAACAAUCAAUUGAAGCACUUAUUUGUGGUGGGGAUUGGCUUCGCAAUAAGUAUGGUUUGAAAAAGAAACCAAAGGUGUUUGAACAAGAAGAAGAAAUUAUGUUGAAGAUUUAA